AUGCCGGAAUUAAUGACGGAUGAAAAACCAAAAUCAUCAGAACAAAUUGAUUUAGAAGAAGCUGAAAAUGCAUUAUCAGGAAAAGAUUAUCAAACUGCAAAAGAAUUGUUAGAAAAAUUGGUUAAAUUAGAAGCAAAAGUUGAUGAUGAAGAAUCAAUACGUAUUAAAGAAUCAGCUAUUCUUUCACUUGGAAAAGUUUUUAAGGAAACAAAAGAUGCUAAAGCUUUGGCAUCAUUAACUAAAACUACUCGUCCAUUUCUUGGUCUUGUUAGCAAAGCGAAGGCAGCUAAACUUGUUCGAACUCUAGUCGAUCUUUUUCUUGAUAUGGAAGCGGGUACUGGUGAAGAAGUUACAUUAUGUCAAGAAAAUAUUGAAUGGGCAAAAAGUGAAAAUCGAACAUUUCUUCGACAAGAUCUUGAGGCACGUCUCGUUGCUUUAUAUUAUGAUACAAAAAAAUAUAAUGAAGCACUUAUACUUGGUUCUCAAUUGCUUAAAGAAUUAAAAAAACUUGAUGAUAAACAAUUGCUUGUUGAAGUUCAAUUAUUAGAAAGUAAAACUUAUUUUGCUUUAAGUAAUAUACAAAAAGCAAGAGCUGCAUUAACAUCAGCAAGAACAACAGCAAAUGGAAUUUACACACCACCAAAACUUCAAGCUAGUCUUGAUUUACAAUCAGGAAUUCUUCAUGCAGCUGAAGACAAAGAUUUUAAAACGGCAUUUUCAUAUUUUUAUGAAGCAUUUGAAGGUUAUGAUCAAAUCAAUAACAGUAAAGGUGUUACUGCUCUUAAAUAUAUGUUAUUAUCGAAAGUGAUGAUGAAUACACCUGAUGAUGUUAAUGCAUUAAUGUCGGUAAAAUUAGCAUUAAAAUAUAGUGGUCGCGAUGUUGAAGCAAUGAAAGCAAUUGCACAAGCAAGUAAAAAACGAUCAUUAGCUGAUUUUCAACAGGCAUUAAAAGAUUAUAAAACAGAAUUAUCUGAUGAUCCAGUAGUUCAUUCACAUUUGGGUACAUUAUAUGAUAAUUUACUUGAACAAAAUCUUAGUCGUCUGCUUGAACCAUUUUCUAAUGUUCAAAUUGAACAUAUUGCACGUUUAAUUGAUUUACCUCGUGAUGUCGUCGAAAAGAAACUUUCUCAAAUGAUUUUAGAUAAGAAACUUAGUGGUAUACUUGAUCAAGGUUCGUCGAAUAUCGUUAUUUUUGAUGAAACACCAACGGAUACUCAAUAUCAAGAUGCACUUGUUAUUAUUCAAAAUAUAACUGAGGCACUCGUGACUGCCUUUGAUGAAGAUAAUCAACCUCAUCCUCACCGUAGUGUGUUUUAUUAUACUUAUACAAAUCAAACACUUAGUGGACGUUUACAUGGUCAAGAACGACAUGAUCAUUUUGGUUAUUGUUAUGGUUGGGCUUUAAAUGAACCAAGUUGCACUAUUUUAAUUACUGACAAUGUUUACAUUGUAGCUCGUAAUCUUUGUUGCUUAGCUAUGCCAGGAAAUUUUGGUGUACCUAUUCAUUGGCUUAGAGGUGCAACAUGGCUUGGAAUUGAACAAAUUCAUGGCAGAACAGUUGAUCAUUGGUAUUCUCAUGAGCAUGAAUAUUGGAGUGAAGUUGAUGAACCAAGAAAUGGUGUUCGUUAUUCAGGACCAAAUUUUAAAACACCACGUCAAUUUACUGAUUAUGAUGCUUGGCAAAUUGGUCCACAAGACCCACGUCUUUUCGAUUUGCCAGAAAAUACUGAUUGCAAUCAAAGUUGCCCAUAA